UGUGUGUUUCUUGUUUUAUCAUUUCAUAGGUCGAGUCUCACAAGUCUGCGGGGACUUAUGGGCACGCACAGCUGUCCCUAAAUGAAUUCGAAUAUGGCUGGUUCAUGACGCUCCUGGACCUCCGAGACAAGUUUGAGGGAAGCGACAGCCCAUACUUAUUUCUUUCAAAGACCGGUGGCCGCUGCAAAAACAUUUUAGAUUAUUUUCAAGACCAGUGGGUCGAACUUGGUUUUGAGGGCAAGUAUACAUUCAGAAACUUGAGAACAUCGAUGGUCCACUACACAAAAGACCUCACACCCAGAAAAAGAGCACCGGUCCACCGGUCCAUGUGCCAUUCGGAGGCUGUCGCUUCUAAAUUUUACAUACCAUUGAACACAGCACAGGAGGCGGCGGUGGUCAGGGGACUGCAAGAGGGGGAAAGUGAUGAACCGGGACCAUCCCCGAAGAAAGCCCACGAAACAAAGCGAACUUCAGAGGCAGAGGAGGAAGCCGGACCUUCUCCAAAGAAGGCAAAAAUUGAUCAAGAAACUUCCGACUCGGAGGAAGAACUCCAGUUCUCUCCGGAGGACGAGGACGACGAGGAGGACGACGGCGACGACGACGGGCGUCUAAGGGGCAAACAAGCAAUAAGGGCCAGGAAAAAUUUACAAACAUUAUUUGAUUGUGAAGCUGAAGAAGACCAGGAAAUUUCCCUCUCUUCAACUGGUUCUUCCGAACUGGAAACUUUUUUGGAAAAAAAUUAA